AGGGAAGCCGAUAUGCCUGCACUCGGCUGCUGAGUGCGCGGCUUCCUCCCAUCCGGGGCAAACGAGACCGCUGCUGGCUUGAGGGAGCGCGGCGGUUGGGGUGGGGGUGUUGGAGCCCAUGACCUUGGGAUAAGGUGGACCCAGGUGGAUGGCAAGCCCACACCGAGUCGCUGACCUUCAGGAGCUCUCCUCGACCCAGGGACGGAUUGAGAUUCAGGCCAAGCAAAGGAGUUGCUGCCGGCCACUCAAAAGGAAAAAAAAAAAUGUCCUGAUGCCUUUUUUAUGAGCUUUUAUUAACUCGGAGGUUAAGAAUUGCCCCUUUCCUCAAAGCCCAACUCUUCCGGGUCGCUUGAAAGCCUGCCUGAAGGGGGAGGGUGGCAGGAUGAGUGUGUGGGGGGGCCGGCCUGGAUCCUGGAGACCUUCAGGGGCCCCUCCGGGUUUGUCUCCUGAAGCCAUGAGCAGCGUCCCCCCCCCCGGCCUUGUAUCCCCACCCAUUGGGAUGUUCCUGGUCUGCCUGGGAAAGAGCUCGCCCCCCCCUUUGGAAAAGGAGGAGGAUGGGGGGCCCCAGGAGGGUUUGGGGUUCCCGGCAUGGCGCUUCUGUGGAAGGGUGCUGUCAGCUGCAGCCUGCUGGGUCAGGUCAGGUCGGGCGAGGGGGUUGCAGUGGCCCUGCGAGCGCCACCCCCCCGCCCCUCCGCGCCCGUGUGCAGGGCACCCAGCCUUUGCUUCUCUCCCCCCAGCUGAACAUCCUGGUGGACACCGGGAGCAGCAACUUUGCCGUCGGUGCGGCUCGCCAUCCUUUCCUGAGGCGUUACUACCAGCGCCAGCUCUCCAGCACCUACCGUGACCUGCGGAAAGGGGUCUACGUGCCGUACACCCAAGGGAAGUGGGAAGGGGAGCUGGGCACAGACCUGGUGACGAUCCCCCACGGCCCCAACGUCACCGUUCGCGCCAACAUCGCUGCCAUCACGGAUUCGGACAAGUUCUUCAUCAACGGCUCUAACUGGGAAGGGAUUCUGGGCCUGGCCUAUGCCGAGAUCGCCCGGCCCGACGACACCCUGGAACCCUUCUUUGACUCGCUGGUGAAGCAGACGCAGGUGCCGAACAUCUUCUCCUUGCAGCUCUGCGGAGCGGGCUUCCCACCGAAUGACUCGGAGGCCUUGGCCUCCGUGGGGGGCAGCAUGAUCAUUGGGGGCAUCGACCCCUCCCUCUCCAGGGGCAGGAUCUGGUACACCCCCAUUCGGAAAGAGUGGUACUACGAGGUGAUCAUUGUCAAGAUCGAGAUCAACGAGCAAGACCUCCAGAUGGACUGCAAGGAGUACAACUAUGAUAAGAGCAUCGUGGACAGUGGGACCACCAACCUCCGGCUCCCGAAGAAGGUCUUUGAGGCGGCUGUGAAAGCCAUCAAGACGGCGUCCUCGACGGAGAAGUUCCCCGAUGGCUUCUGGCUGGGGGAGCAGCUGGUCUGCUGGCAAAUGGGCACCACCCCCUGGCACAUUUUCCCCGUCAUCUCCCUCUACCUGAUGGGCGAGACCACCAACCAGUCCUUCCGCAUCAGCAUCCUGCCCCAGCAAUACCUGCGGCCCGUGGAGGACGUGGCGACCUCUCAGGACGAGUGCUACAAGUUUGCCGUCUCCCAGUCUUCCACCGGCACCGUUAUGGGGGCCGUCAUCAUGGAGGGCUUCUAUGUGGUCUUUGACCGGGCGCGCAAGCGCAUCGGCUUUGCUGUCAGCUCCUGUCACGUGCACGACGAGUUCCGGAUGGCGACGGUCGAGGGGCCCUUCCCGCAGGCAGACAUGGAGGACUGCGGCUACAACAUUCCCCAGACGGACGAGUCGACGCUGAUGACCAUCGCCUACAUCAUGGCUGCCAUCUGUGCCCUCUUCAUGCUCCCGCUCUGCCUCAUGGUCUCCCAGUGGCGCUGCCUGAGCUGCCUGCGCCGGGGCCGCGAUGACUUUGCGGACGACAUCUCCCUCCUCAAGUAAGCCGCCACCUCGCCCCGAGCCGCCCCGAAGCCCCACCACGCUGCUGGCGCUGCACCCCCUCGCCCCGCCCCGAGUCUGUGGCCCUGGAAGCAGGCCGGCCCAGAUGUGGGUGCACCGGGGGGGGCAUGGACUCGCCCUUCCAGCGUCGGCCUGUGCUUCGGCCCAGGGGGGCUGCCGCCACCUUGGGGGCCCAUUGACCGCCUGACCGACCGACUGCCCUCCCGCAUGGACUGGUUGUUCGUGGAACCGAAAGCCGCCAGAGACGGUCAACGAGGGAGGGAGGGAAAGGGCCUUUUCUUACAACCAAGGGUCUCCCUUCCCCGCUCUUUACCUUGGGUAGGUGGGAGAGCCCUGUUCGUGCUCAGCAGGGAUGAGCAGUGUCUGUGUGUGCGUGUGUGUGUGGAAGGGAGGGCAGGCUGACCUUUGGGCUCUGUGGGGCAGAAGCUGGAGCCCUUCCCCGUGCGGUCAGCUCCGGAGCCCUUUCCUCCCUUGGUUGCCGAUGGGCUCCGUGGGGGGGGUGCGGAGUGGCUGAAGCUGUGCAGCCCUGCCUGCUCCCACCCCCACCCACCCCCUCCCCAAAGGCAGCCACGGUUUGAGACUUUCCUCAAAGCAUGGAGGGGGUGAGGAAAAAGAGAAAGAGUCCCCCCCCCCUCGCCCGAGUUUUCCUUCUGUGUAGACCUGAGGAGAAUCGCUUGUAGUUCUUGAGGGACUUUCUCUCUCAAAUAUAUACACAUCAUAUCUAACUUUAAAAACAGCAAACAGAAAGAGGAGCUGGUCACCCAAUUAAGGGAUGUGUGUGUGUGUGUGUGUGGGGCUCCCCAGGUUCCCACUUUGCAUUUUGCUUGGUGGAAUCUCUUCAAGAUCCCUCCUUCCCCAAUUGGGGAGGGGUGUUUCUGGGACAGCCCCUGUUUCUGGGGGGGGGGGCUCCAAGUGUGUGCACUUUGCUGAGGGCCCCGAUUCAUGACCAAGGACAAGCACAGGUCUUUUCCUGCCUCUAGGGGUGUGGAGGGCCAUCGUGCCCCUCAUGCUCCCUUUAAUUUCAGGACGCUGCCCAGACUUUUGGGGGGUGGGUGGAAGGGCAGCCACCUCUUCUCUCCUCAGGACUCCUGGCCUGCCCUGUCUCUCCCCCCCCCAAUCCCCAAUGCAUUUUCUCCUUGGCUCCUCAAUGGUGGGAUGAGGGCAGGGGGCUGUAUUUUCAAAGGCUACCAUGUUGGUGAGUUGGGGCUGUAAGGUCCUCCCCCUGGACCGGCUCCCCCACCCCAAGCUCGUGUGAGACAUUUCCCCCCCCCCAUGAGCUGGCCUCUGGGGUUCCAGUGUAAGCUGCUCCCGCCCCGAAGACCUUCGCCCCUUGGCGCUCUGCCCGUCGCCUUUGCGGGCAGGAGGGGUCUUGAGACAGUCGGUUCCCAAGAGAUGGGGGGCCUCUCUUGCGUGGCCCAUGUUGGUAGGAAAAGAUGCCACCUCCUAUUCCCGGCACUUAGACACAGCAGGAUUCCCCACUCACCCUGGCCCGCACCCCAUGGGAGAAUCAGGCCAAAUGCUUGCCUUUUGGAUAAUGCAUCUACCCCCCCCUCCAACACACACACACACGAAGGAAGGGGGGGAGGUCAACACCCACAGCCCCAGGAACACCCCGGCUGGGUGUUUUGGCUCCACGUGCCCAGGCGUGUUUGAGAUGCAGGAGUGAAGGUGACCAUGUGGGAUCAUGGGGAGGUGGGGCUGAGCACCCUGGCAGGCAGAGAGGUUCCCCCCCCACAGCCCUGUGUGGAAGGACGUGCUGCCGCCCUCCUCUCUCUUCUACUGCCCUCCCAUUCCAACCACACCCCUCCAUCAUUACUGUAUUUGUUCUGUUAAAAGAAACAUGCGUUUAGGCUUUUCUGCAGAAAAGAGCCUUUUCCCGGGGCCCGGGCAGCUGCGUUGUGGGCGCAGGUGGCUGCCUCCUGCCAGAUGCUUUUUGCUUGUACAAUAUUCUGUAAAUAUUUGUACUGUGGGCUUCUGA